AUGUGUAUUAAUCGGGAUCAUUAUCUUGUAUGCACUUGACAGUUUGUCCUUAAUACGCUUGUAAGUCGAAAAGUAAACAACGAUGGCAUUGACAGUUCAGAAGUUUCAAACUGUAGGUCCUGUAGAACAGGAUGAAGACGUCGAAAAUGAAAAUGUACAUCCUAAUGAUAUAGACAUGGACAAACUGUAUCCACGAAGUGGACACAGAGCUGUAGUAGAUGAUAGUAAUAUGUAUGUGUUGGGUGGUUAUAAUCCUCGCUUUAGACAUGUAGAAAAUUCUUCAGACACAUAUUACCCUUUAUUCAAAGAGCUAUGGAAAUUUAACUUCACUACACAGAAAUGGACAUCAUUGAUAACAGAUGGUACUAUGCCAACAGAAUUAGCAUCACAUGCAGCUUUAAGGUGUGGCAGAAACUUGUUGUAUUUUGGGGGUACAGGUGUACCAUUUGGUCACAGUAGUAGUAAUGACUAUUAUACCUGUAAUUUAGACACUUUAAAGUGGAGAUAUGUGAAAUGUCAGGGUGAUAUACCACAGAAGAAAUAUGGUCAUGCUAUGGCAAGAGUAGGAAAAGAUGUGUUUGUUUGUGGAGGAACUACAGGCUUUGUAUAUAACAUGGAUAUUCAUAGACUAGACAUCUAUACAGGUGUGUGGGAACAUCUACCAGUACAUUCCAAAUAUACUCCAAGUAGUCGAUAUAGACAUGAAAUGGUUAGUGACGACUUUCGGUUGUAUGUUUUUGGUGGUGGUACAGCACACUCAGCUUUUCCUCUAGAUAAGAUCCCAACUUAUGAAGUACAAUCUGGUACAUGGCAGGAAACACAAACAAAACCUGAUAAAGUACAUGGAUAUCCUAGAACUAGAAAGUGUCACAGCUGUUCAUUGUUUAGAAAUGAAGCCUAUGUAUGUGGUGGACUUGACGGAGAAGAUAUAAUGGAUGAUAUAUGGAAGUUGAAUUUAAUUACUUAUGAAUGGACAAAGUUACCAACAAGUUUACAUCUUCCAGUCUAUUUCCACUCAGCGGAUAUCACACCAGAUGGUUGUUUGUACAUAUUUGGAGGUGUAACACGUAUUGAUGAUGUCAGAACAAACUGUGUACAAAGAAUCUGGUUAACUUUGCCCACUCUUCAAGAGCUGUGUUGGGAGAAUAUGUGUUCAACAUUAGACAUGAAUAGACUACAAAAACACAGAAGUGAAUUAUUUGAAAUUGGAAUUCCUAUGCACUUUAUAGAACGCCUGUGAUAUUUUACCCAUAAAUUGUGAAAAUACUUUAAAUAACAUACACGUUUGAAGGAUAUGCUUUGAACCAUUGCAUAUAUUUUGAUAAGGAGGAUAGAAUUCUGUCUUGCCUUCAAUGAUUAGGAAGAUACUAUACAUGUAUUUACUGGGUUUGAUGUCAACAGCUGUUUUAUUUGACUGGAAGACUGAACUGUUUGCACUAAGUUGAUGGCUUAUGGCAAACAAAUCAGAUUUAGGGUAAAAAAAAACAUGCUGGUGACCACUUAGAACUGUUUUGUAAUACCUUCACUCCUGAAAAUUAUGUUUUUCCAUAAUAGAGACUGAAAUCAUACAAAAAAUAUCUGUUAUACAGCUGAUCAGGAACCUAUGGGCAAAUACAGAAACAAUCGGUUCAUAACACUUUUAUCAAAAACUGGAAAUCUUCAAAUAAACUAAGAAACUUAUAACUGUUGGGCAAGUACCAGUUAUAAUUUAUUUUUUGUCAAAUUGAUGAGAUUUCUGAUUGCCUGUCCAAGUACUUAAUCGUUGCUAAUGCUCUUCAUUUUAUCAUGCAAAUAUAAAUACAACAUUUACCAGUAACAGUUUUUUAACUUGCUGGAUAAUCUUAGCUUGCCUGUUGAUCAAUGGAUAUUUUCAUUUUGAUAUAAUCUUAUCCAGCCCCAAAACUUUUUAUCUGUUGACAUAUUUGGCAUGAAGUUCAUCACGACUUUCAUGUGACCUACCUUUGACCUCCAGGUGACAUUAUUUUUGUCUGGAACAAAACUUUUUUAUCCUAUGACCUAGAGCCUUUAUUAUAUAGCUGCAGCAUAAAGAUAUGAAUAAUGACCUUAUACUUUGACCUUUAAGGUCAAAUAAUUUAUUUUUUAAUGUUCACCCCAAAACCAUAUAUAUUCUUGCUUGACAAGACUUUUUCAAUGCACUGGAGGGUUUUGUCACAGGGGUCAUCCCAUGUCCCCUCGGAUAAUAAAUUGUUAAAUAUCUCAAAAAUGGUUCCCAUCCCUAAACAAUAAAUAGUCUUAAUUGCCUUGACAAUACCAUUCUAGUACAGACCUGUGUUUUGUGGUUUUCAUUUAUUUGAAAAACUUUUAUGCAUGCUAUGAUAGAUAAAGAGGGACAUAUGGUUUAGUCCACUUCAACAGUUCCAUAUAGUUAAGUUAAGUUUUUAAUUUAUUUCUGUUUUUUAAAGUAAACAACAGGAAAAUAAGUAAAUAAAUAUGUGCAUGUCACUAACAAAUACUAUAUCAUAACAGUUUAGAUGGUGUGUAGAAAUUGGAGGGUUUGAAUUCGAAGUUAACAAUAAAAGAAAAUAGUUAAUGCCAAAAAUUUGUCUGUUUUUGGUUUGUUCAAUGUUUUAUGUUUUACUGGUUCUUUAACUUAUAUAUUUUAAUUUUGCAUGAGACAAAUUGGGCUGAUAUUAAAAAAGAAUAAUACACUGUAGUCAUGGUGUAAAAAAUGGAAUGAUAGAAGAAUAAUUAAAGUAAUAUAGUUUUUGUCUUGCCUGUGUCUCGCCCUGCAACGAAAGGAUUACCAUCCAGCGGCAACGGUGCAUAAACAAUUUGUAUAAAGCUUUAUAUUUCAUAGGGUAGAAGACCUGGAUGCUUCAUACAUUGUAUUCAGAUAAAUACCUUAUGCUAAGAAGUUUCCAUCUGCCAUAUGUCUAUUGUCCUUGACCACAUUUUCAUGGUUCAUCCACUGCUUAAAAAAUGUUUAGUUUUUUCGUCAUGUGAAUUCCUUGCUUAUUAUGAGUAAUAGGAUAACUAUAUUUGGUAUAUGGAUUCCUUGCAAGGUCUACAUGUCCGUCAGAAAGGUAAUCAAAAAUAAUAAUGACAAACAUUUUUCUUUCUUUCGUAAGGAAAACUAUAUCAAUGUUAAGAAAGUGAUUACCAAGAUAUAUAAUAAACCAUCAAGGAGCUGUGUAUUAUUUGAUAUGCUUUCUAAUGUUCAUCUAUUAUCUUAUUGUGAAUACAUUUUGUACAUGUAUCCUGACAAAGUGAUUAAAUCAAAAAUCUUAAUGCAGAGUAAGAUGAAAAAUCAAACAGCAUGAUCAAUAAUAUUAGGGCAUGCCGGUGAGAGGGAUGUAAGAAAACUUUCAACAUCACAUACAUCUUGUUUAUGUAGUUCUAAGACAGUCACAGAUAAAAAAAACUAGGAAUAAACAUGGGACGAGACACUAUUGGGGUCCUAAUGGGCAGGUAUAUCUUGCUUGAUUUACAUGUACCGGUAUAUGUUCAUACAUAUGUUCAUAUUUCCCUUACAAUGUGAAACUAUGAGAUUUACUCCAAAAACUUGGUGUUAAUGGUGCAAUCUGAUUCGGGAAAGCUAUAAUUUUUCGGUACUUUAUUUUUCUACAUGAUAUCUCGCAAUGGGGAUAUAAUUUAAACCAUUUUGUAUAAUCGAAAAUAUAUUGUUGAUUUAGGAGAAAGUGAUUUACGCGAUGAAGUCUAAAAGAUAAAUUGUGUGAAUUUAGAACGCGAUUCUAAACGGGAUUUUAACCUUAAUUAUUAAUUUUACAUAAAAAAUCUACUUGUUUUGUAUACCCUAAUGUAAUAUUCAAACUCCCUCAAGUCAUGAAAAAAUGAAACUUUUAUUUUACCGCAUGAUAUAAUUGGACUUUCAAUAACAGGUGGCCCGAAGUUACGUUACGUGACUUUACAUCGACUUUUUGUCAUUAUGACGUUUACCGCCAUAAGCCUGGAAAUGUCAUGGCGAGUCACAUAUUAUCUUGAAAGUUAAAUAAUUGACAAAAAUGAGAGAUAAAAAAAUUUGCGAUUUCAGAAAAUGCUGCAUAUAAAUAAUGCUAAUAAAAUUAAGAAUGCAAGUUUUAUUUUUGCAAAACCUAUCCCUUCACAAUUUUGGCAAUAAUAAAAAUAUAUAAAAAAAUUUGAAAAUACAGAAUAAGAUUCUUGAUGAAAAAUAAAAAAAAUGUCAUGAUAAUGAUUUUUGUCUUUGUAUAAGUGAUCAUAGUCUCACACCACUGGUAAAAGUGAACAGUCUACUGGUAUAAGGCUUAAUUUAUUUGUCAAUGAUUUUGCGAUUUUGAAAUGUAUGAAAUAAUGUCUGUUUUGUUCUUUGAGUUGAUAAAGUCUUUCAACUUUAAAUAACAUACUCCAUGUAAAGUAUUGAAUUUUACUAGGGCAUUUCUAAUGUACAUAGUUUUCGUUUCUGUUUUUAUACGACCGCAAAUUAUUUUUGCGGUCGUAUAUUGGUAUGACGUUGGCGUCGUCGUCGUCGUCCGAAGACACAUUGGUUUUCGCACUCUAACUUUAGUUUAAGUGAAUGGAUCUCUAUGAAAUUUUACCAUAAGGUUCAAUACCACAAAAGGAAGGUUGGGAUUGAUUUUGGGGGUUAUGGUACCAACAGUUAAGGAAUUAGGGGCCAAAAAGGGGCCAAAAAUAUGCAUUUUUGUAACUUCCAGACAUAACUUGUGUGUUAGUGUAUGGAUCUCUCUGAAAUUGUACCACAAGAUUCCAUAUCACACAGGGAAUGCUGGGAUUGAUUAUGGGGGUAAUUGCCUCAAAAUAUUAGGAAUUAGGGGCCAAAAAGGGGCAAAAAACAAGCAUUUUUCUAGUUUCAUGACAAUAACUUGUGUGCAAGUGUAUGGAUCUUUCUGAAAUUGUACUACAAGGUUCCAUAUCAAAAAGGGAAAGCUAGAAUUGAGUUUGGGGGUAAUUGCCCUAAACGUUUAGGAAUAAGGGGCCAAAAAGGGGCCACAAAUAAGCAUUUUUCUAGUUUCCAGACAAUAACUUGUGUUCAAGUGUAUGGAUCUCUCUGAAAUUAUACCACAAGGUUCCAUAUCACACAGGGAAUGCUGGGAUUGAUUUUGGGGGUAAUUGCCUCACAAUAUUAGGAAUUAGGGGCUAAAAAAGGGGCAAAAAACAAGCAUUUUUCUAGUUUCAUGACAAUUACUUGUGUGUAAGUGUAUGGAUCUUUCUGAAAUUGUACUACAAGGUUCCAUAUCACAAAGGGAAAGCUGGAAUUGAGUUUGGGGGUAAUUGCCCAAAACAUUUAGGAAUAAGGGGCCAGAAAGGGGCCAAAAAUAAGCAUUUUUCUAGUUUCCAGACAAUAACUUGUGUUCAAGUGUAUGGAUCUCUCUGAAAUUGUACUGCAAGGUACCAUACCACAAAGGGAAGGCUGGGAUUGAGUUUGGGGUGAUGAAUCAUAAGGGGGUUCAAAAAAUUUGGGGGGGGGAUUUUUUUUUUUCCUUUUUUUUUCUUUUUUUCCUUUUUUUUUUUUCUUUUAAAAUUUUCCAUUUUAAGUUGGUUAUUUCUGUUUUAUAUUUAAAAGCAAAUAAUAAUGAUAUGGUAGGAGAUACACACCAAACAGGUUAUUAUAUAAUAAGUAUUGUGCAAUAGCAAGAAAUUUUCAAUUGCACAGUAUUGCACAAUAGCAAGAAAUCUUCAAGUGCACAGUAUUGCGCAAUAGCAAGAAAUCUUCAAUUGCACAGUAUUGUGCAAUAGCAAGAAAUAUCCAAUAGCACAAUAUUGCGCAAUAGCAAGAAAUUGUCAAUUGUACAGUAUUGCGCAAUAGCAAGAAAUAUUCAAUUGCACAGUAUCGUGCAAAAGAAGAUACUUCGUAUAAAUUGCUUAUUUCUUGACCAAUUUCAAUGGGGUUUUAUUCUUGAAUUCUUGGGGUUCUUUAAUAUGCUGAUUCUAACCGUGUAUUAAGUUUUUGGAUUUUGGGCCCCGUUUUUAAAUUGGUCCACAUUGAGGUCCAAAGGGUCCAAAAUUAAACUUUGUUUGAUUUCAUCAAAAAUUGAAUUAUUGGGGUUCUUUGAUAUGCCGAAUCUAACCGUGUAUUUAGAUUCUUAAUUUUUGGUUCCGUUUUCAAAUUGGUCUACAUUAAGGUCCAAAGGGUCCAAAAUUAAACUUAGUUUGAUUUUAACAAAAAUUGAAUUCUUAGGGUUCUUUGAUAUGCUGAAUCUAAACAUGUAUUUAGAUUUUUGAUUAUGGGCCCAGUUUUCAAGUUGGUCCAAAUCGGGGUCCAAAAUUAAACUUUGUUUGAUUUCAACAAAAAUUGAAUAUAUGGGGUUCUUUGAUAUGCUGAAUCUAACCAUGUAUUCAGAUUUUUUAUUUUUGGGCCCCAUUAUCAACUUUGUCCACAUUGAGGUCAAAAGGGUCCAAAAUUAAACUUUGUUUGAUUUCAUCAAAAAUUGAAUUCUCGGGGUUCUUUGAUAUGCUGAAUCUAACCAUGCAUUUAGAUUUUGGAUAUUGGACCAUAAUAAGUGAAUGUCCAAUUUAAAAUUUUUAAGUUCUUAGACCACAUUCAUUCUGUGUCAGAAACCUAUGCUGUGUCAAAUAUUUAAUCACAAUCCAAAUUCAGAGCUGUAUCAAGCUUGAAUGUUGUGUCCAUACUUGCCCCAACUGUUCAGGGUUCGACCUCUGCGGUCGUAUCAAGCUGCGCCCUGCGGCGAAUUUUAUUUUGCAUUUGGGACAAAAUCUAUAGAUAUGGAGAAACUGUAAACAGCAAACACGAUCGACAAAAGAAGAUCAACAAAAUAGAUAUUUUGGUCAUGAAUUAUAUUCUAGAAAGAUGUACUUAGACUCAGGUGAGGGAUACUGGCUCUUAGUUUGUUGCUAAUUUGUAUUGUCUAUUAAUUAGAUUUGUAUUUACAAAGUAUUGCUCAGUAUUAUUUUGAAAUCCAUUUAUAUUGUUGUAAGAUAUUGUUAUUAUUAUUUUUGAACAUUAUCUUAGUGACUCGAGUUGAAGAAAGACAAAACAAGGUAUGUUAUCUUCACAAGUAUCUGUAAUUAUACUGAAUACUUAUCACUUUCCAAAUGAACAUCCUUAGGAAAAUUUAAUUAAAUUUUCUCAAUUUUGUUACAGGCCAAGUAAUUACAAAUUAUAACCUAGCAUGAAUAUGGCAUAUGCAUUGUUUUAGCUCCUUGUGAUAACCAGUAAGUAAAAACUAUAAAGAGAAAUUUGCAUAGAGUAUUUGAUGAGUAACUUAUGUUAAGUUCACAUGGCCUAAAAGACAAUGUGAGCUUUUGCCAUCACUUUGCGUUCGUCGUCCGUCAUCUGUCGUCCGUCGUCUCAAACUUUAAAAAAAAACUCUUCUGCUCUGAAACUACUUGGUCAAACGUUACCAAAUUUUACCUAAAAGUUCCUUAGGAUUUCAAGUUUUAAAAUGUAUCCGGGGUUUGAUCCAACAACAAACAUGGCCGCUGUUGCUAAAAAUUGAACAUAUGGGGUAAAACGCAGUUUUCUCCGUUAUAUUUAAAAAAUUUAAGCAGUUAAAGUAAAUCCGACAUGAUAAAUAUGAUCAGCAGGUCUAUCACCUGCGAAUUUUUCAGAAAAAUCGGACAAUCAUAUUGGAGUUAUCAUGGUUAUUGCCCCUGAAAUGUAAAUUUUCAGUAAAUUUCAAAGUUUUUGGCUUUUAUUUCAAAAAUCAAAGCAUAUAGAGCACAUCCGACAUAGGUUAGAAUUGACAAGCAGUUCAAAGUCUAUCUUCUGCGAACGAUUCCGAGAAAUCAAACAUCAUUUUGGAGUUAUUGCCCCUGAAAUGUCAAUUUUCGGCAAAUUUUGCAGUUUUUGGUUAUCUCGAAAAUUAUAACAGUUAGAAAUGUUAACAGUAAGAAUGACCAGAACAGUAUGAUCUACAAAUAAGUCAACAUGGACGAAUUGUCAAUUGACCCCUUAUAUGAGUUAUUGCCCUUGAAAGACUCAUUUUUAGCAGAAAUUAUAAAAAAGAAAAUUGUAAAAAGCGAAAGUGUUCAGCAAAAUAAGUAAAUAUGGAAGAUUCGUCAAUUAAUCCUUUACAGGACUUAUUGCCCUUGAAAGACUAAUUUAACACAUUUUUUUUGGGUUUUUUUUCCAGAAACUAUAAUAGAGAGAAAUUGUUCAACAAUAUAAGAUAAAAAAAGAUGCUAACUUAACCGAAAUUUUCAAUUGACCGCUUUAAUGGGUUAUUGCCCCUGAAAGAUGUUUUAUCCCUGCUUAUACAUUUUUUUUUAUGUUUUGAAGAAAUCAUAAUAGAGAGAAAUUGUAAACAGCAAAGAUGUUAAGUACAAUAAGAUCUGCAAAGAAGUCAGAUGGCCGAAAUUGUCAACUGACUCCUUUUAGCAUUUUUUGUUAUUGAAAGAUGAUUUUUUUUUCAAUUCUUACAGUUUUUGAACAAACUAUAAUAGAUAGUGAGAAACAGGAAAAAAACAAAAAUUGUUCAGCACAAUAAGAUCUACAAAUCAGUCAACAUGGCCGAAACUGUUAACCAAAUCCUUAUAGAAGUUAUUCCCCUGAAUUUUAUCCAUUUUUUGCAUUUUUAUCCAAGCUAUAAGAGUUAGAGAAAACUUUAAAGAGCCAAAAAGAUUAGCAAAUUAUCAUCUGCAAGUAAGUCAACAUGGUCACAUCGAACUGGUUAUAGGAAUGAUUGCCAUUUGAAAUGACUUUUUUCUUUAUCUCAAAAACUUCAAUGAUAGAAAUUAACUGUAAACUGUAAAACAUAAUCACUACAAUAAUACGAAGAUGCCACUAAAUAAGAUCUACAAAUAAGCAAACAUAACUGAUUGUAAAGGAAAAAAUUAUCAAAAUGGCAUAUUUUCACCAGGUGAGCGAUUCAGGCUCUUGGGGGCCUCUUGUUUAUUAAAUGGAACUGAUUUUCCUGUACACAUCAGUCCAAGUAUUACAUUUUAUUUGUACUCAAAGUUAUGGGGAUUAACUAAACUGCAGUACACUUUACCAAGACGAUCUCCAUAAGCUAUCAUAUAAAUGUUUUGUUUUCUAUAUGCUUCAUUUUUUUAUGUCCAUGGUAUUUUUUUUCACUAGAAAAACAUGAGUAGUUCUAAUGUUAUUACAUAUCUCUUAUAUCCUACACACUGUCACAUACAUUUGCACAGUGAAGGUAUUAAAUUGCAUAGGAUGUUCAAUUACAACAGUGUGUUAUGAUGAAGAUAAUAUAUAUUAUAUAAGUAUGUUAAAAUUCGAAUUUAUUAACCAUUUAUCUUGUUACCGAUAUUUAAUUAGAUGUUUAUACAGAAUUUAGAAAGGUUUUGGUGCAUAUAUGUCAUAAUGUAGCCAUUUUAUAUUUCUAAAUCGAAUUUCAUUAUAUUAUUGUUAUUCGAUAAGAAUGAAUGAAAUAUAUAUCGUGUUUACUAUAUCUAGUCUUUUAUCAUCAGGAUUUGCCAUAUCUAACAAACCCUUACUUCAUUCUAUUGAAAUGAAGUUAAAGUUAUAUUUCUUAAGGAUUAUAUUUUUUCAGUCCAAAGAGACUUUUAUUAUGAAAUUAUUCGGUGUAAUUUGUGAAAACUGUAUAUUGUAACAUCAUAUUGAAAAUUCAGUUAAGUGCAUUAUUCUCAAGUAUUCAAAAAGUUAAGACAACAGUAAAGGUUAGGCUUAAAAGCCAUCAUUUGUUCUCUAAAAUUUCAAGUAUGGUAAAAUUCCUUAGUCCUUUCAUAAUUAUUUUAGUUUUAUUGAUAACUUUAUAGGAUUGAAUGGUGUGGUUUGUUAAGUGCAAAAAUGUCAUGGGUUUUAUUUAAAUUUUAAACAUUUAAAUUCAUUGUUUAACCGAACUUCACAAAUUACAUUGUAUGGUCACAACAGCCUCACAUAUAUCAGAGACAUAGAAUACAUAAUGUAUUAUACGUCUCUGCAUAUAUUAAAGGUGCCAUCAUGGUCUUUCAGAAUUGUUAGAACAAUUUCUUUUAAAUAUAACUUGAGCCCAAGGUAUAGACUGACACAUUUUUUGGUUAACCACAGCAAUAUUUGAUACAGAACUUUAUACACUUUUAAAAUUGAAUGCUUAGAAUUAUUUCGAAAUGCCUGCUUUUGGAUUUUAUUCUGACACUUUAAAAUGGAAGAGCCAGCGGAGUUCAACUACUAAAACAAUUUCUUUUAUUAUACAUUUACCUGAGAAUUAUUCUAAUGAACUUUAGUACAUUUUGAGGGUUUUUGUGGGCGACCUACAUUUGCUCGAAUUUUACUUUUUACAAGUAUUGCGUUUACAAACGAAAUGCGCCAUUUUUUGUAUAAAUGUUAUGCCAGUAAAAACAUAUCAUUGUUAAUUCUUAGCACAAAGAUUUCCACUUUAUUAGUGCAGGUGGGGCCUCGGUGGCCGAGUGGUCUAAGUAGUCGAACUACUGUAUCACUAGCCAGUCAACACUGAGGUUGUGAGUUCGAAUCUCGCAUGGGGCAGGUGCACUCGACUCCAAUCUUAAUUGACUAGGAUUGUCAGUUUUCCUACCGAAGGUCGGUGGUUCUCUCUGGACACUCCGGCUUCCUACACCAAUAAAAACUGACCGCCACGAAAUAGCACAAUAGUGUUGAAAGGGGCGUUAAACACCAAUCAAUCAAUCAAUCAAUAUUAGUGCUUGUGUAUUUUACAAUUUUAAAAUUGUUUUGCGAUAUAUCUAUGCAACGCCUUUUUUGUCUUCCAAACCAAAUUACAUAACAUUGGUAUAUGCUGUUUAUUGUGUGAUUUAAAGUUAUAUUUGUUUUUAUGAUAAUGUGAGUUAACGUUUCUGUGUAUAUACAGAGAGAUAUAUUUGUUGUCUAUUCCCUUUAUUUUAUUUUAAUUUUGUUUUAUUUCAAAAAUUCUGUAUGCAGAUUAGAAUAAGUUGUGAAAAUGAGAUAUAUUAUGUUAAUUAAGUGAGUACAAUGAAACCUUUAAAAAAAGCUGUGUUUUAAUUUACACAGGUUUAAAUAAUUAGAAAUUUUCACUAUGUCCUGAUACAAAAUGUUUCUGGACUAACCCGAUCUGAUUAGUACAGGUUUCUGGACUAUGCAGUUUUUGGUUAAUACAGGCUUCUGGACUAUACAGGAUAUGGUUUAUACAUGUUCAACUGUAUAAGAAAUUUAACAACAGGAAAGAAAUUUGCUCAAUGUCAUAUGAUGUAAUUAUUAAGGUGAUUGUUGCAUUCUUAUGUUAUUAUCUUAUAAAGGAUAAUUUUUAAUGAAUCUUUAUAUUUGUGGAGCUUGUCGCGAAAGCGAGACUUAGCGAUCCUAGAUUCCGUCGGCGUUGGCGUCGUCAAUAUUUGGGAUUUUAAAAAUAAUUUUUGACACGAUAAAUUUGUAAACCUUCAUGGAUUGUUAUGAAGCUUGGACAGACGCUAAUCUUUAAGAUCAAGAAAUAGCAACUAAAGAAAAACUUUGAUAUUUUUAUUUCAAUUCUGUAUUUUACUGAUUAAUGGAUUACACUUUAACACCGGUAGCAGCAAUCGAAGGCGAGACACAGAGUUCCGCGUGUACGAUUUUUUUUCUUUUAACGUAUAAAUAAUCUGACCAAAAACAAAUGUUAAUUGUAACAUAUUUAGUAAGUAAUGGAGAUUAGAUUGUGUUUUGAAAAGAAAAACAGUAUUACCUUCAUAUAUUUAGAUGUCAGUUGGUAAAAAUCAAUUUUUCCAUUCAUUUCCAUUGGAUUUUACAGAACAUUUGGUGGAAAAUUAUUUGCUAACAUUUUUUUUGUUUAGUUGUAGAUUUAACAAAUUAUUAUCAUUUUUAUACGACCGCAAAUUUUUUUUCGCGGUCGUAUAUUGCUAUCACGUCGUCGGCGUCGUCGUCGUCGUCCGAAGACAUUUGGUUUCCGGACAAUAACUUUAGUUUAAGUGUAUGGAUCUCUAUGAAAUUUAACCGAAGGUUCAAUACCAAAAAAGAAAGGUUAGGAUAGUUUUUGGGGGUGAUGGUCCCAGCCGUUUAGGAAAAAGGGCCCAAAAAAAGCAUUUUUCUAGUUUCAGGACAAUAAGUAUUUUGAUUGCUCUGAAAUUGUACCACAAGGUUCAAUACCACAAGUAAAAGGUUGGGAUUCAUUUUGGGGGUAAUUGCUCAAACCGUUCAUGAAUUAGGGUGCCAAAAAGGGUAUCAAACAAGAUUUUUUUUGGGGGGGCGGCAAUUUUUUUACAAGAUUUAAGAAAUUAAAAUGAAAAUUUCAUCAAUUAUUAUUAUUUUUUGGAAAAAAAGGGGGGGGGGAGGUAUAAAAAUGUUUUUUUUUUGGGGGGGGGUCAAUUUUUUUCCCCCUCAAGAUUUAAGAAAUUGUCAAUUUUUCUAAGAAAAAUUGGGGGGUCACAAUUUAUUUUGCUAAUUCUUUGUAUAUAGCCUGAAAACAUUUACUAAGUAUUGCGCAACAGCACAGUGUAUUGCACAACAUCAAGAAAUCUUUAAUUGAAUAUAAAUUCAAAUCAUAAAACCAAUUUCAAGUUCUUUGACUACAUUUAUUCUGUGUCAGAAACCUAUAAUGUGUCAAAUAUUUAAUUACAAUCAAAAUUCAGACCUGUAUCAAGCUUGAAUAUUGUGUCCAUUUUUGCCCCAUCUGUUCAGGGUUGGACCUCUGCUGUCGUAUCCAGCUGCGCUCGGCGAAGCAGUUUAUUGUGUUAAGCUUUUAUGCAUAUUUGUUUUUAUUGUUGAUGAAUAAAAUGUAUGAUUUGUU